ACACGGGCCUAGCUAUAGGAGAUGCAACUCCUGCUACCGAUGGCCUGAACACCAACAGCUUGAUUUUGAGCGCUAUCAAAACAUCAAACACGUGCGUCCCAAAUUAAGGAAACAGCCCCAAAGGGCAUGCAGCGCGCGCCCCCCGACCAUUCCUCCCGUCGCCCCUCUCUCUCUCUGUUCCAAUCCCCCUCGCUGACUGAUCGAUCUGUCCCGGCGCGCGUGGUCGGAGGCUGCCAUUGGCCGCCGCCGCCACCGCCCGGACAUCAUCGUUCAUCAUACUAAUCACCUAAUCAGCCAACCUUCAUUCUCUGGCUGUAGGCCGUCUCUUCCGAAUUGAAGAUGCAUCGCUGGAUCAUCGCCAGCUGCGGCGACAUGCGCCCGGUCCGCCGCCGCGAUGCCCAAGACCAGCCCGAGGAGCCACGGCGGCGGCGGUCGGCGACGGUGUCCCCGCCGAGGCUGAGGAAGGAGGGGUCGGGCGGGAUCCCGGUGCCCAAGGACAUGGCGGAGUUCCGGACCAUGUCCGAGUACGGCCAUCUCAGGCUCUUCACCUAUGACCAGCUCAGGCACGCCACCGCCGACUUCAGCCCCAGGCUCAUCGUCGGCGAGGGCGGCUUCGGCGUCGUCUACAAGGCGGUCGUCGGCGGCGCCGAGGUCGCCGUCAAGGCGCUCAACCCGCAGGGACUUCAGGGCGACCGGGAGUGGCUCACAGAGGUGAGCUGUCUAGGACAGUACAGCCACCAGAACCUGGUGGAGCUCAUCGGCUACUGCUGCGAGGACGACCACCGGCUGCUGGUCUACGAGUACAUGGCCAAGGGCAGCCUCGAGAACCACCUCUUCCGACGCUCGUGCAGUCUCUCCUGGACGACCCGGGUGAAGAUCGCCCUGGACGUGGCCCAGGGCCUGGCCUUCCUCCACGGCGCCGAGCGGCCCAUCAUCUACCGCGACUUCAAGACCUCCAACAUCUUGCUCGACGCGGAUUUCAAGGCGAAGCUGUCGGACUUCGGGCUGGCCAAGGAAGGGCCGAUGGGCGGGAACACGCACGUGUCGACGCGGGUGAUGGGGACCUACGGGUACGCGGCGCCGGAGUACAUGGCGACGGGGCACCUGACGGCGAUGAGCGACGUCUACGGCUUCGGGGUGGUGCUGCUGGAGAUGCUGGUGGGCCGGCGGGCGCUGGACCCGCCACCGAGGCCGAGCUCCCGGCCCGGCCCGCCGGGCCCGGGACCGCCGGCAGGCCGGCCGGUCGGGACGCUGGUGGACUGGGCGCGGCCCAUCCUGAUCCGGGGCAAGAAGCUGGAGAAGAUCGUGGACCGGAGGAUGGAGCAGCAGGGCCAGGGCGGCUACUCGGCCCGGGCGCUGGAGCGGGUGGCCAGGCUCGCCUACGACUGCCUCAGCCAGAACCCCAAGGUGCGGCCUGACAUGGCCAGGGUCGUCAAGGUCCUCGAGGCCGCGCUCGCCGCCGACGCGGAAGACGACGGCCGCGGAUCCGAUUCUUCUCCGGCGCCGGCGGCACGGUGAUGUAUGUAGAUUUUGGUACGUGCAUCCGUACGGCGACGGCGAGUAGAGAAGGACGGCUUAGUGUACGUGGAGCCCGUCGAUCGGCGUGUGCAAUUAUGUGAAGAGAAAUUAAACGCGCUGUGCAUGAACGAACGACGAAUCGUCCGAUUUGAUCGAAUAAAAUGCGAUGAUAAUAUGGUGGUGAUUGUAGAUCACCAAAUCUU